AGAUAGUAAAGGAUGCAGGGUACCAUCUGCAGAUGCUGUGAAAACCUUGGAGUCUAGAAAUUAAUUAUUCGACCAGGAUCCCUAGUUCAAGCACUCAGAAGAGGGAAACACUUUGUCAGCUUUGCAGCAUUGGACCACAUACAAUGAAGUCUCCUUGCUGGGCUCUGCUGCUGGCUAUCCUGGGCACAGAAUUGCUCGGGUACCUGUGUUCGACUGUGCGGUCCCCGAGGUUCAGAGGAAGGAUCCAGCAGGAACGAAAGAACAUCCGACCCAACAUCAUUCUUGUGCUGACUGAUGACCAGGAUGUGGAGCUGGGGUCUCUGCAAGUCAUGAACAAAACAAGGAAGAUUAUGGAACACGGUGGGGCCACCUUCACCAAUGCCUUUGUGACCACACCCAUGUGCUGCCCUUCCCGGUCAUCCAUGCUCACUGGGAAGUACGCGCAUAACCACAACGUGUACACCAACAACGAGAACUGCUCUUCUCCCUCGUGGCAAGCAAUGCAUGAGCCCAGGACUUUUGCUGUGUAUCUUAACAACACUGGCUACAGAACAGACCUAAGGAAAAUAAUGAGGGAAACUGGAAUCUGUGCGACACAUAGAUGUUCAACUAGAGGGAAGCACAAAGCAGUAAUAGGAGUCAUGAAAAACAACUCAAAGAAGAAAAAUUACCAAGAGGCUUAUUUUGGGAAGCAUCCAAAACACAUGGAUUUAAAUGAAUUGAUCCAAUAUUAUAUUUACUCUCUUACUAUGAUGAAAUCCUACCUCUUCAAAUCUCUUGGAUUAAUCAAGAAUUCUCGUUUCUGUAAUUACACUGUUUGUCGCAAUGGCAUCAAAGAAAAGCAUGGAUUUGAUUAUGCAAAGGACUACUUCACAGACUUAAUCACUAACGAGAGCAUUAAUUACUUCAAAAUGUCUAAGAGAAUGUAUCCCCAUAGGCCCAUUAUGAUGGUGAUCAGCCACGCAGCACCCCACGGCCCUGAGGACUCGGCCCCACAGUUUUCAAAACUGUACCCCAAUGCCUCCCAACACAUAACUCCUAGUUAUAACUAUGCACCGAACAUGGAUAAACAUUGGAUCAUGCAGUACACGGGCCCCAUGCUUCCUAUCCACAUGGAGUUCACCAACAUCCUCCAGCGCAAAAGGCUCCAGACUUUGAUGUCAGUGGAUGAUUCUGUGGAGAGGCUGUAUAACAUGCUCCUGGAGACGGGGGAGCUAGACAACACCUACAUCAUCUACACUGCUGACCAUGGUUACCAUAUUGGGCAGUUUGGCCUGGUCAAGGGGAAAUCCAUGCCAUAUGACUUUGACAUCCGUGUGCCUUUCUUUAUUCGUGGUCCAAGUGUAGAACCAGGGUCAAUAGUCCCACAUAUUGUUCUGAACAUUGACCUGGCUCCAACCAUCCUCGAUAUUGCGGGGCUCGACACUCCUCCUGAUGUGGAUGGCAAAUCAGUCCUCAAACUCCUAGACCUGGAAAAGCCAGGUAACAGGUUUCGAGCAAACAAGAAGAUCAAAAUUUGGCGUGAUACCUUCCUAGUGGAACGAGGGAAAUUUCUACGAAAGAAGGAAGAAUCCAGCAAGAAUAUCCAACAGUCAAAUCACUUGCCCAAAUAUGAGAGGGUAAAGGAACUGUGCCAGCAGGCCAGGUACCAGACAGCCUGUGAGCAGCCUGGGCAGAAGUGGCAGUGUAUCGAGGACACAUCUGGCAAGCUUCGAAUCCACAAGUGUAAAGGACCCAGCGACCUGCUCACCGUCCGCCAGAGCACACGCAACCUCUACUCUCGUGGUUUCCAUGACAAGGACAAAGAGUGCCAUUGUAGGGAGUCUGGCUACCGCCCCAGUCGAAGCCAGAGAAAGAGUCAAAGGCAGUUCCUGAGGAACCAGGGGACUCCAAAGUAUAAGCCCAGAUUCGUCCACACCCGGCAGACACGUUCCUUAUCUGUUGAAUUUGAAGGAGAAAUAUAUGACAUAAAUCUAGAAGAAGAAGAAUUGCAAGUGUUACGACCGAGGACCAUUGCCAAGCGCCACGAUGAAGGCCACCAGCUCUUGGGAGAUUACCAGUCCGCUGCUGGUGAUAAUGGGGAUGAGAUGCUGGCAGACAGCAACAAUGCUGUGGGGCCACCCACCACUGUCCAUGUGACACACAAAUGCUUUAUUCUUCCAAAUGAUACAAUCCAUUGUGAGAGAGAGCUGUACCAAUCAGCCAGAGCAUGGAAGGACCAUAAAGCAUACAUCGAUAAAGAGAUUGAAGCUCUGCAAGAUAAAAUUAAGAAUUUAAGAGAAGUGAGGGGGCACCUAAAGAGACGGAAGCCCGAGGAAUGUACCUGCAGUAAACAGAGCUAUUACAACAAAGAGAAAGGUGUAAAAAGGCAAGAGAAAUUAAAGAGCCAUCUUCACCCCUUCAAGGAGGCUGCUCAAGAGGUCGACAGCAAACUGCAGCUCUUCAAGGAGAACCGGCGGAGGAAGAAGGAGAGGAAGGAGAAAAAACGGCAGAGGAAGGGGGAAGAGUGCAGCUUGCCUGGCCUGACCUGCUUCACACACGACAACAACCACUGGCAGACCGCCCCAUUCUGGAACCUGGGAUCUUUCUGUGCCUGCACAAGUUCUAACAAUAACACCUACUGGUGUUUGCGUACAGUUAAUGAGACACAUAAUUUUCUCUUCUGUGAGUUUGCUACUGGCUUUCUGGAGUAUUUUGAUAUGAAUACAGAUCCUUACCAGCUCACAAAUACAGUGCACACGGUGGAACGGGGCAUUUUGAAUCAGCUACACACACAGCUGAUGGAGCUCCGAAGCUGUCAAGGGUAUAAACAGUGCAACCCAAGACCAAAGGGCCUUGAUGUUGAGGACAAUUAUGGGAUGGAUGGGAAGGUUAGUCCACCCAGCCUCGCUUCAGACACCACCUGGCAAGGCCUGGAGGCAUUAUCGGUGUGAACAACAACAGCAUCUAUGAGUACAGACACAACCCUAGACUUAGUCUGGUGGACUGGACUAAUUACUUGAAGGAUGUAGAUAAUUUGCACUGCUAAACAGUCACAAUGAGCAAAAUAAAGCAAGUCAGACUCACACUGCUCAAAGUGAUGGGUUCCCGGUUACCUCUGCUGCACUCUUGGUGCCAGUGGAGAUGGCCUCUGCGGAGUCAGGUGAAGACCCAUGCCAUGUGGUUGGGGAUGCACCUCAUUUGACCAUGCCAGCCAACCUUCGAACCCUGCAUUUGAACUGACCAUCAUUAAGUCCAGAGAGUAAACUUGAAUGGAAUAAUGACGUUCCAGAAGUGAAUCAUUUGAAUUCUGAACACUGGAGAAACAG